CUUUUGGAGGCUUGACUUGACGGACGGCCCUGUUGUAGCGCAUGGCACAGACCAUAGAUUUCCUGGCUUUCAGCCCAAAAGAGUGUUAGUUUGGCGGAUGUUUGCUUGUCGGACAAGGUUUUUGAUUGCAAGAACGUUUGAACGCACGGAUUCCUAACUUGAAGGUCAUGUGAUCAUUGUGAUACCUGGUGGCUCCAGAUGGGAACAGUGGGACGGUUGUAGGAGCUCAACUGGGCAUGGCAGUCUCAAACUUGUCGCAACUACAGAAGUUUCAGGCCGAGGCGAGAGACACCCCGGCUGGAGGUGGGCGCUCUCGGAGCACUUCGGUGGGUAGCUCGCAGAAGAGUCUCCCAGGUGCAUGGGCGAGCCCACCUGAGAAGAGUGCUGCUUGCAGCUCCAAAGGUGAAACUCGCAUGGAGAUUGAAAUGGCCGAUGUGCUUGAUGUCCUUGGUCUCCAACAGCCUUUGGCUGAGCCUUUGUCUCAGCUUCCUCUUUUCCCCAAGGUCACCACCACCUUUGACGACUUCCUCUCGCCAGCCAAUUCCCCGCGUGGGUCUGAUGCAUCUUCACCAGUCGCUCCUCCAGGCUUGACACUCGAUCCCAUUCAAAGCCAAAUGGCACAGCCUGCCAUGGCUUUUUGGGAGACAUUGGAGCCAGCUGCGCCAAUGGCUCCAGGCGCUGUUUACCCUGAAGCAACGCCAUGGCCACAGCCCAACUACGUGGCGAGUGGUGUGCCCUCUGUGGGUUCGGCGAGUCAUGGCACAGGCCAAUGCAAGCCCUGCGCCUUCCAUCACACCAAGGGAUGCGCCUGCGGCACGAUGUGUACAUUUUGCCACCUUUGCCUUCCAGGGGAGAAGAAGCGCCGCCAAAAGGAGAAGCAACAAGCUGCCAAGGCCAAAGCAAAGACUCGGGACCUGAACUGAGCGAAACAUGAGCUGAAAGAGCUGGACAGGUGCUCUUCAGCGGAAGUAGGUGCCGUUUCACACGGAAAGAGUUGGCCACCUCACCGAAAAAAAGUGAGACUGAGAUCAUCGAAGACGUAUACGAUACCAUUUGAUACCUACUCAUACCUAAUUCCUGAACCAUCAGAUGCUUAGUUGUUUGCUGAAGAUGAUCGAGUGCGUGGUUAGCGUUGGCACGCUUUUUGUCAUGCAGCUCCCGAAAUUCGUGGUGAGAGUGAGGUGGCUGAAAGGUCCGCCAAAUCCAUGCAGAGUAUUUAUCGACAUGGAUUUGUCAAAGGUGGCUGGCUAAGGAAAAACUUGGCAUCAUAAGAACAUAUCCCAGUCCAGGCCGUUUUGUAGCGAUGGCCUCCAACCCUC